AUGAUAACAGGCCCGCCUGUCCCGCCCGACCCUUCGACUCUUCCGCCCGAGUAUGUCAACGCCAGCAAAGCAGACACCAUCGUCGGGGUUGUCGGUGCCUUCCACUUUCUAGCGCUUGCUCUGGUCGCGCUGCGGCUGUAUGCGCGUGUGUUUAUGGUGCGGGCGUUUGGGGUGGACGAUGGGUUGAUUAUUGCUGCUGCGGCACUGGCACUAAUGUCCUGGAUCUGCCUCGUGCUACAAGUACCCUACGGCCUAGGACGACACGGGUACGUGGUACCAGUUGAAGACCGCAUCCACUUCGAGCACAUCGGCUUCUGGAAGGCAGUCUUCUCGGACGGCUUCGCGUUGGGGUUGUUGAGGGUCUCGGUGGCUGUCACGCUGCUGCGGCUAAACCAGGAGAUUAAGUGGUACCGGUGGUCCUUGUAUGCCGUUAUUGCGUUUGUAGUGGCGUACUCCAUUCAGGGGAUCACAUGGUUGUUUGUCUACUGUACGCCGUACUCGGGCUGGUGGGACUUUCAGUGGAUGAAUCCGUUUGACCCGCGGUGUCAUGACUUUGGGCUGUUUGUCGAUUUGACGUACUGGAAUAUUGCCUGUAACAUCUUUACCGACGUCGUCCUGGGAGCUCUUCCUGUUCCGGUCAUCUGGCGCCUCAGGAUGAAGCGUCGAGUGCGCAUUUAUGUCAUUGCCAUUCUCAACCUAGGAUAUCUGGCCGUCCUAAUGGGCAUUCUCAAAGCCGUCUUUAUGCUCAUUACCGGCGGAGACCCGGACCAGGUCUACCACUACUGGGUUCACCUCUGGGAAAACCUCCAACUCAACCUCGGCAUCAUCGCCGCCUGCGCGUCCUGCCUCCGACCCCUUGUAGGCCGCAUCCUCCGUCUCAACUCGACCUCCGACAAUUCCCACACCCACACCCACGGCCACCGGCACAACCCCUUUGGUACCGCGACCAUCGGCAGCAAUGAUAGGAACGGGCGCCGGCACCGAAAACAACCCUCCUCCUCCACCGCAGGAGCUAUUAGCCAUAGCGAGGACCACGAACUUAGCACCUUCAAUGACGAGCCCACCACAAUCGACGAUGACGACGAUGAUUACAGUAACGGCAACAACAACAAUAAUAAUAGCGAUGGAGGUGGUGAAGUGCCAUCGGAUGCGAAUAGCGAGGAGGUGAUUUUGCAGAUGGAGGAGAGGUUUGAGGGGAUUAUGACGAGGACGGAUAUUACGGUGCGGUAUAUCAAUCCGGAUGGGGGGGGGCGUAAUUAA